CCUAUCCCCAGCUCAUUCUAAACAUCCUAACCCUGUUAGUGCUAUUCCAAAUGAUGGUUGGUGCUAUUCCAAAUUUGAUAGUUGGUGCUCAUCAGAAAAUUGCCUUCAAAAUUAAGUGUAGCAGCAUCAGAAAUUGCCUUCAAAAUUUCUUCUAUCAUGCUUGAUGAUGUUUAUUAUUUAUUUCGUGCUCUAAUUUCUUCUCCUUGUUCUAUGAAAUUUCUCAGUCAUCAUUUAGAAUCACAGCAACUGCUGUUGUAUUAGAGUUCAACCAUGCUGCCCAGAUAAAGAAGAAAAUAAAGUUUACUGGUGAACCUUGCAAGAUCUACAAGAAAACAGCAUAUAUCAAAAAUAUGUUUACUUCAGAUCUUGAAAUAGCCAAAUAUGAAGGUGUAGCAAUUCGAACUGUCAGUGGAAUUCGUGGACAAGUAAAAAAGGCUGCAAAAGAAGUGAUUGGCAAUAAAUCAAAGAACGAUGACAUCCCGUCAAAGGGAGGGAUUGCAAGGUGCACAUUUGAGGACAAGAUCCUUAUGAGUGAUGUAGUAUUCUUCACAACAUGGGUUAAUGUGGACGUUCCAAAAUUUUUUAAUCCAUUGACAACAGCUUUGCAACCUCGUGAUCGAGCUUGGAAAGGAAUGAAAACUGUUGCAGAAUUGAGGAGAGAACUGGCUCUUCCAGUUCCUGUCAAUAAGGAUUCUCUGUACAAGCCAAUUGAGAGACAACCGAAGAAAUUCAAUCCACUGAUCAUUCCCAAGUCUCUGCAACAAGCACUCCCGUUCAAAACAAAGCCCAAAGAUAUUCCUAAAAGAGUUAAUGGACUUCUUAAAGAUAGGAGACCUGUUAUCGCAGAACCUGAUGAGAAGAAAACCCUAAAGCUGGUUCAACACUAUCAGCUGAUUCGUCACAGCAAGGAAAAGAAGAGAAAACAAAAGGAUGAAGAAAAGAGAAAAAAGUUGGAGGCUCAAAAGGCAAAAGAAGAGGUGGUGUCAAGAAAACGGCAGAGAGAGGAACGGCGAGAAAGAUACCGUCAACAAGAUAAACUAAGCAAGAGAGCACGCAAAACAUCUGAAGACUAGAUAUAUCUCUACAAAUACUACCAGUUUUACAUUUUCCAACCAGAUUUAUUUGGGAGUAUUUCCUUGAACACUGAAGCGGUGAGUUUCAGAACUGCUUCCUACUCGUUAAUCGUUUGCUUCCAUUACACCAUCUUCAGAUGGAGAAGGACAGUACCAGUUAGAGGCAACUUGUGCUUUGUAGCCUUUAGAGAAUGGUAUUCUAGGAAAAAUAGAUAAAUUUUGCUCUUGUUUUCUACCUGUAAGUAAAACAACAGGGCGUUUUUGUAAUAGCCCUCUGUACUCUAGUAUCACGAUAAUUCGUUCACUGCUUUAUGUGCCUUUUCCGUUCAGUUUCAUUUUAUUAUUAUUUUUUUCUUUUGGUGAGAAAACUAAGUUUUCAGCAGUUAGUGAACUAAUUCCAUACAAGUUUUUUCG